GCCCUCCCUCCCUUCCUCUCACUCUCUCGCUCGUCCUACAUGAGCCACACACAACAGUGAGCCUGACUCUUAACUCCACACCAGCCACUCUGCUACACAGACAGACCCAAGAAUCACACUCUGCUCUCCGCUGUUGCGCUGCUUUUGCUUCUCUCCAUUGGAUAUUCCUCCCUGGGUGUUUCUUUUUUUUCCUCGUUUUUGUGAAUGGGCAUCCGUGGCCGGUGUGAGGAGCUUGUGAAUGGACUGACUGCCUGGCUGACUGACUGACAGACUGGCAAAGAGAGAGGCAGCUGUGUUUCAAUUAAAAAAGGGCAAUGCUGAGAGGUCAAGCGAGGAGCGACGGAGCUUCUUCGUAGUCUGGAAAUACAAAGACACGUGAGGCGAAUCGUGAAACUGAAGAUAUUCAGCAGACAGAGAAGAGAAUGGUUCAUCACAGAGAAGAGGAUCUGAUCGGGAUCCCCUUCCCAAAUCACAGCAGCGAUGUCCUAUGCAGUCUAAAUGAGCAGCGCCGUGAUGGGCUGCUCUGCGAUGUCAUUCUCAUCGUCCGUGACCAGGAAUACCGAACCCACCGCUCUGUUCUGGCCGCCUGUAGCCAGUACUUCAAAAAGCUCUUCACAGUUGCCACCACUGAUGGCGGGGAACACCAUCAUGCAGCGGCCGUGUAUGAAAUUGACUUUGUGGCUCCGGAGUCUCUCACAGCCAUCCUGGAGUUCGCUUACACUUCUACUCUGACAGUGACGGCGUCCAACGUCAAAGAAAUCCUGAACGCAGCUCAGAUGCUGGAGAUUCCCUGCAUCAUCAAUGUUUGCCUGGAGAUCAUGGACAGUGGGGGUGGAGGCGGUGGAGGAGGAGGGAGAGCGGAGGAGGGAGAAGAGGACGAAGAGGAAGAGGAGGAUGCGGAGGAAGAUGAGGAGGAGGAAGAAGAGGAGGAGGACGAAGAGGAGGAUGUUGGGUCGAGGAAGGACGAGCAAGAGGAGGAGGAGGACAAUGUCAGCGAGAGGUCGCUGCAGUCGUCGGAGAGCAGGGGCGUGCAGACGCCGCCGGGGACAGAGGACUCGCCGCCUCCCAGCACCUCCACAUACCACCAGCAAUUUGACCUGUCAUCACAGUCACAGUCGCCAGACACCAUGAGAGGAAAACAGGAGAGUAUGGAGAGUCGGGCUUUGAAGGAUUUCUCCAUCGAGUCACUACUCCAGGAGGGGCUGUACCCUCGUAUGUCAUCACUGGACAGGAGGGCCAACUUCUCCCCUCUCCUACCAGGCUUCUACCCCUCCAUGUGGGCAGCUGAGUUCCCGGCCUUCCCCAAACAGCUCCUAGAUCCAAACCACCACCAGCAUCCCCAUGCAGGAGCCUCACAACAAACCAGGCUCCCACAGGCCUUCCCCACCUCUGCAGCACUUGAGGCCUCCAGGCCCCUCGAUCUGGCUGUGAAAAGGGAGAUCAUAAAGGAGGAGAUGAAGGAGGAGGUCCCGCUCAGUCUGCUCCAGGGCAACUUCCUGAAGGAUUUUGUCAACUCAGGCUUGGGCAGCACUAUGAAUUCUGGGUCAGGGCCAUCAGAAGGUCACGCACUGGGUCAGAUAAAGGAUGAAGGUGACUUCCGAUCGUACCUGAGCUUCCUGAGCUCUGCGUCCCACCUGGGGGCGCUGUUUCCUCCCUGGCAGCUGGAGGAGGAGAGGAAGAUGAAACCCAAAGCUUCGCAACAGUGUCCUAUCUGCAACAAGGUCAUCCAAGGAGCAGGGAAGCUGCCACGACACAUGAGGACGCACACGGGAGAGAAACCAUAUAUGUGCACUAUCUGUGAAGUGCGAUUCACCAGACAAGACAAACUAAAGAUCCACAUGAGGAAGCACACAGGUGAGCGCCCCUACAUCUGCCUCCACUGCAACUCCAAGUUUGUCCACAACUACGACCUGAAGAACCACCUGCGUAUCCACACGGGCGUCCGUCCAUACCAGUGCGAGCACUGCUACAAAAGUUUCACACGGUCCGACCACCUACAUCGACACAUCAAGAGGCAAAGCUGCCGCAUCUCCCGCCCUCGGCGAGGACGAAAACCAGCUGCUUGGCGUUCCACACCCACCAGCAACUUCCUGUGCCCCCCCACCGUUGCCACCAACCGGUUUGAGGAGAACGGGUUAAGCUCCACAUACCAGGGAGUCAAGAAUCACGGACUUGGGGAGAUGCUCGGCCUCGGCAACAGAGGUCUGGGAUUUAAGAGCGGGGACGGUGCAGGCAGGGAGAGCAGGGAGGAACGGCGAGCAGAGGGGAAGCACGUCGCAGAGGAGGAGAAGGCAGCAGCAGCGAGGCAGAGGGGAGUGUUUGCCUUUGCCCUCGCUGGAGAAGAAGUACUUACCCACUCUCCAUUUUAUGCUUCGACCUCUGACCCCUGGACCAUGAGACUGGAGCGUGCUCCACCCAUCUCUGAGCCAGCCAAAUGAACUGUGGUCGUCAGAAAAUAAAAAAUACAAGAAAAGGAAGGCUCUUUCAACUCUGUGUUCUGGUCCUGGAAAGCUAAAGCACCUUUUUAGAAAGUGAAAGAGUGAGAGCGAUGAAACUUUUGAAGCCUGCUGAUGUGGCUGUAGUAAAACAAACUUUUUCUUUUUGAAAACACAGUCUAACUAAAUAAUUUCACAGAUGUCAUGUUGAAUAAUUGUUUCAGCCCUGUGAAUGUUUACAAAUACUUUGAUAGCAUUUAAGAAGAGGCAAACAGUUCGACACUGCUAAUGAGGAAAACAUAUCGGAAUGCUGUUAUAUAUAUUAUUUGCAUUAUUUAUCUACAAGGUUGUCUUAAAGGCUAUUACUUAAAAAAACUACAUAAUUCUGCAAUGUUCUCUAAAACAAGAUGAGAUAAGGCUUAUAUACUGGAAAGUAUUCAUAUGCAAGACAAUGUAAAUGGACAGCUCGAGCAGGUCCUAUUCAAAUAAUUAUGUUGAAUUAGUGACUAUGAUGAAUGUAAAAGUAAUGAUUACAUGUACAAAAGCAAUCAAACUUUUAUUGUAGAAAAAGGUUAUUAUAGAUAACAUAGGUAGACUGAAAUAAUCAAAAAUUAAUUUAAAUAAAUAAGCCUCCCUCCAAACAAAUCACAGUGAUUUUUAUUUUGGACUAUUGUGUGUAAGUGUUAAAAAAGGACCAGCGCUUUCAAAAAAAUCAAACCAAAAACCAAUUAAAAUGGUUUAUUACAGGCAGGGCAUUGUCUGGCACAUGUCCUGCAAGUACGUUUGAUUCAAACAUGGCUAUUUAAUAACAUUAGAAAACAAAGGGGAACCCACUUGAAGUCUAAUAAAUCAGGAUGUUUGAUAAUGUGUUAUUAUCCUUCCACUGCCUUGUUCUCAUUUAAGCUCCUCGUCUGCACUAUUGUACAUAAACAAAAAAAUUUUGGCCAUGGUGGUGUUUAUUACGGUCCCGUUGCUGAUGAUGUAAAAUAAUAAAUAUAUAUAUAUUGCUCUUAAAAGACUUUGAGGCAUCCAUCCAAAGAUGUGUACUUUGAUAUUUCACAGACUUGAAUAAAACUUUGUUUUAAUGUUUAUGAGUAUGUGUCUUAAGAGGAUGUAUAUUUCUGACUAAUCAACUGCCGCUUCAGCUAUACAGUACGCUUGUGUUUUUUUCUGCUGCAGCAUAUCAAGAGGGUUUGAGCCCCUUUUUUCAUAUGAUGUUCAUCUCUGAUUUGUGUAUAAAGAAGUUCAAAAAUGAUUUGAAUUGAAAUGGGAAAGUAUUUUCUUGCUAUUUAUGCGUAUUUAAAUGAAUGAGCCUUGGCUAUAUUUUGCAAAUCUGUUUUAUAAAGACACUAAAUGUUGAACUUUG